GGUGCUGCCGCCGCCGCCGCCGCAGCCUCCGCGCCGCGGCUUGAGGGCGGGAGGCUGGGGGAGGGUAGCGGAGCCGGCGCCGCCGCCAUGUUGGGUCUGAGGCGGCUGCUGUAGGCGCCUACGGAGCAAGCGGGCGUGCGGAGCGGCCACAGCGGCGCGGGAUCUGCCUCUCUGCUAGCGGCCGGGAGCGGCGGCGGCGCCGGCGCCAUGAGCGGGGGCACCCCUUACAUCGGCAGCAAGAUCAGCCUUAUCUCCAAGGCGGAGAUCCGCUACGAGGGCAUCCUCUACACUAUCGACACCGAGAACUCUACCGUAGCUCUCGCCAAAGUUCGGUCCUUUGGUACAGAAGACAGACCAACAGAUCGUCCAAUACCACCUCGAGAUGAAGUCUUUGAAUACAUUAUAUUCCGUGGGAGUGAUAUUAAAGAUCUCACUGUUUGUGAGCCACCAAAACCACAAUGUUCUUUGCCUCAGGACCCAGCUAUCGUUCAGUCUUCACUAGGCUCAUCUACUUCUUCAUUCCAGUCAGUGGGCUCCUAUGGACCUUUCGGCAGGAUGCCAACAUACAGUCAAUUCAGUCCAAGUUCAUUAGUUGGGCAGCAGUUUGGGGCUGUUGGUGUUGCUGGAAGCUCCUUGACAUCCUUUGGAACAGAAGCAUCGAACAGCGGUGCCCUAUCCCAAAGUAGUGCAGUUGGUUCUGCCUUUACACAGGAUACAAGAUCUCUAAAAACACAGUUAUCUCAAGGUCGUUCAAGCCCUCAGUUAGACCCUUUGAGAAAAAGCCCAACCAUGGAACAAGCAGUGCAGACAGCCUCGGCCCACUUACCUGCUCCAGCACCUGUUGGGAGAAGGAGCCCUGUAUCAUCAACCAGGCCUUUACCAUCAACCAGCCAAAAAGCAAUAGAGAAUCAAGAGCACAGGCGAGCUGAAGUUCACAAGGUUUCAAGACCAGAAAAUGAGCAACUCAGAAAUGAUAGCAAGAGACAAAUAGUUCCAGGUGCUCCUUCUGCUCCAAGGAGAGGGCGUGGGGGUCAUCGAGGUGGCAGGGGAAGAUUUGGUAUUCGACGAGAUGGUCCAAUGAAAUUUGAGAAAGACUUUGACUUUGAAAGUGCAAAUGCACAAUUUAACAAGGAGGAAAUCGACAGAGAGUUUCAUAAUAAACUUAAAUUGAAAGAAGAUAAACUUGAGAAACAGGAGAAGCCUGUAAAUGGUGAAGAUAAAGGAGACUCAGGAGUUGAUACCCAAAACAGUGAAGGAAAUGCAGAUGAAGAAGAUCCACUUGGACCUAACUGCUAUUAUGACAAAACUAAAUCUUUCUUUGAUAAUAUUUCUUGUGAUGAUAAUAGAGAACGGAGACCAACCUGGGCUGAAGAAAGAAGAUUAAAUGCAGAAACAUUUGGAAUCCCACUUCGUCCAAACCGUGGCCGUGGAGGGUACAGAGGCAGGGGAGGUCUUGGUUUCCGUGGUGGCCGAGGACGUGGUAGUGGCCGAGGUGGUAACUUUGCCACUCCUCGAGGAUUUCGUGGUGGAUUCAGAGGAGGUCGUGGGGGCAGGGAGUUUGCAGAUUUCGAAUAUAGGGCAUAUCAGCUACCUGUUGAAGAACCUAUGGCAACUCCUGUUGAAGACCACAUUGAGUCAGCUUGGUUUGAGAAAAAAACACCUAUCUCAGCAUGGAGCCAUAGUGGGCUUGAAAAAAUCACAGCUUUUGAACCCUAAAAGGUCUGGAUUGAUCAUACAGCUUUCUGAAAGAAAGACAACAAAGUUGCUGCAUAGUCUGCAAACAAGUCUUUGAAAAUAGAUGGAUUUUUAGCUCUUCGUGGUCCUGAGAAUUGGUUUCAGUCUUUGAGAAGAAUGAAAAAGUGAAUUUGCUGUAUAUUUGUCACCAGCACUGGGUUUUUGUUUGUUUGUUUGUUUGUUUGUUUUUCUGCUUAAUUUCAAAGAUACAAUACAGUUAAUUUUGGGGGUGGGAGGGAAGGCUCAUCUUAAUAAAUGAGCAUUAAAUAUAUUUGGAAUAGCAGAAGGUUAAGUAAUUUCUUAUGUAUAGUUAAACUAAAGCAGUACUCCAGUGGAACUUACAAGUAUUUUUUCAUCACUAAAAGGAUUUUUCUUAUCACUAAAUUGUAUUUGGCAAUUACUGUGAGUUGCCUGCAGAUAGGGCCGUGAUACUGUUUUGAGCCACAGAAGGAAGGGUCUGUGUGUCUAUGUGUCUGUGUGUCUGUCUAUAUCUUUCUUUUUCUUUCUUUCUUUCUUUCUUGUUUUGGAAAUCCUGUAAUAACCCUUCUGAGGUAGCUUACUUCGUCAAUUAGGGUGCUGGAUGGUAGAGAAUUUUGUCAGUCAACUAUGUACACACAGUAAAUACUGUUUCUUAGGCAAAGGUAACUUUUUUAUAUAGUUGUAAAAUUCCAUUAUAUUCCAUUGCCAAAGAAACAUUAAGAACUUUGUAUAGCUGUAUAAAAAGCAACUAAUUUUUUAAAGAAUAAACAUUUUAAAGUCAGCAAACAUACUGUGUCCUUGCAGAAGUUGAUGUGCUGAGGAGCAGAGGUAUGGGUGGGUCUUUUUUUCAUAGCUUUUCAGGCUUAAGAUUGUUGAUUUUGAUUUUUUUUUUAAAUGUUUGGAACGUAAAUGAAGAUUUGAUACAUUCUUUCAUUAUCUAAAAAGGGUAAAUUACUUAUGCUCAUUGUAAGAACUUUAUUUUGUAGCAAAUGGCAUAUCACAGGAUUUAUCCACAUAAUAGAUAUUUUCAGUAUACAAAUGUAAAUAAUCAUAGAUAAGAAUGUACUUAGCUGUAUUUUCAAAUAAGUAACCCCCCCCUUUUUUAAGACAAUAAAACUAGGUGUCAAUUAACCUGUU